CCCUAUAUAAGCUAGCACUGUUGCCCGUCAAUCAGAAAGUCGCUUGGAGAGUUUUGUCGAAUUAUUGAAUGGGUUCUACGGCUGUUUUCUUAGAGAUGAAAUAGAUAACGUUUUUCUGUUUUCUCCUGUAGGUUGUGCUUUUUUCAGGCGCUUCUAAGUCGUUGCAGUUUAUAUUUGUGCCUCCUGGACUUAAUGUGUGUCUAAGUGGCUAACACGGGUUAGCUUCCUGUGCUGUGUUUGUUUUGCUUACUUGGUUAUUCCGUCUCCAAGUUAGUUCACCUCUUCACCAAACUCUAACUAGUUAAAGCAGUUUUUAACAAGAAACCGACAACGAGACAGAGUUCCGGAUAAUGCUGGCUACGGGAGCGGCUGUAAGUAACGUCACAGCUCUGGCCCAAGUAGACCGGGAGAAGAUCUAUCAAUGGAUCAACGAGUUGUCCAGUCCAGAAACCAGAGAAAAUGCCUUGUUGGAGCUGAGCAAGAAACGUGAAUCUGUGCCAGACCUGGCUCCGAUGCUGUGGCACUCCUGUGGCACCAUCGCUGCUCUGUUGCAGGAAAUAGUGAACAUCUACCCAUCUAUAAACCCACCUACACUCACAGCUCACCAGUCUAACAGAGUGUGUAACGCCCUGGCACUCCUCCAAUGUGUCGCCUCACACCCAGAGACCAGGUCGGCUUUCCUCGCAGCUCACAUCCCUCUCUUCCUGUACCCCUUCCUGCACACUGUGAGCAAAACACGCCCCUUCGAAUACCUGCGUCUCACCAGCCUUGGAGUCAUAGGUGCCUUGGUCAAAACCGAUGAGCAGGAAGUGAUCAACUUCCUCCUCACUACUGAAAUAAUCCCACUGUGUCUGCGCAUCAUGGAGUCCGGAAGCGAACUCUCCAAGACGGUUGCAACUUUCAUCCUGCAGAAGAUCCUGCUGGACGACACAGGACUGGCGUACAUCUGUCAGACCUACGAGCGAUUCUCCCACGUGGCCAUGAUCCUCGGCAAAAUGGUGCUGCAGCUCUCCAAAGAGCCUUCAGCUCGUCUGCUCAAGCACGUCGUCCGCUGCUACCUGCGCCUGUCGGACAACCUCAGAGCCCGCGAGGCGCUGCGCCAGUGUCUGCCCGACCAGCUGAAGGACAGCACCUUCGCCCAGGUGCUGAAGGACGACACCACCACCAAGCGCUGGCUGGCGCAGCUGGUGAAGAACCUGCAGGAGGGCCAGGUCACCGACGCCCGCGGCAUCCCGCUGGCCCCCCAGUGAGCGCUGCCGCUGCCGCCACCGCCACCGCUGCACACGGUGCAGCUUCUCCAUGGCCAAACGUGGCGCUAAGACUGUCUGCCUACUCUGAAUACAAGGAGGAUUGUUUAGGAUUUUUUUGUUUUAGGUGAAUUUAAUGGAAUUUUUCUGGAAAUCUUCUGUUCUUUUAAGAGCCAAGAGACCCCAGGUUUUCAAAACGGAGGCUGAUGUUCACUGUACUUUAGACAAACUACUCAAAACUGGUUCAAGUUUUUAUGAAGGAUAUUUCAGGAUCUGCUGUCAGUGCUAGUAUUUUUAAGCAGUUAUCUAUACUGUAAAUAACAAGGAACAAAUAGCUUUUUAUCGCAGUCUAUGAAAGGUGUUUCCCUGCUGUUGAGAACAUUUAGAAUGCUGAUUCAAACCAGAACCGCCUGUCGAUCUCGGCCCGUUGAAAAUCUGCCUCUGCUCUGCUCUCCUCUCGCCGUCUCUCUUUCUGCAACAUUCCAGUCGACACGGAUACUUCUGGCUUCACAGGUUUUAUUUUUUUUCCAAGUGUCUGUUCACUGACCUCAUGCAGUUACAUGCAACAGUGCGUUUCUCUGGAUUCUUGCAUAUUUCACUGGCUUAGUUUUGUUUUGCUGUUUUUUUGGGGGGGAUAUUUGUACAAAAACAAAGAUUGUUCUGGGUUCAAUCUCAGGAGUUGAGCUGGAGUUGAAGUGUUUCACAAAUAAACUGUUUUCCACUCAA